AUGGGUCUCGCCGGCACCAAAAACAAGAAGAAAUGGGCCAAGGACCCCAACAACACCGCCUGGUCCCGCAACACCGACACAUUCGGGCACAAGAUCCUACGGUCUCAAGGCUGGGCGCCGGGCCAGUACCUAGGCGCAGAGAAUGCCUCCCACUCCGAGUACUACGGCGCAGCGAACGCCUCUCACAUCCGCGCCGUGCUGAAGGACGAUAGUCUCGGACUUGGUGCCAAGCGGAACCAGGGCGGUGAGUGUACGGGCUUGGACGCGCUGCAGGACCUGCUGUCCAGGCUGAACGGGAAGAGUGAGGAGUCCCUGGGUGAGGAGCAGAAGAAGAGGGAGGACCUGAAGAUCAACAAGUACCUGCACCGGAAACUGGGCACAGUCACGUUCGUCUACGGCGGGUUGCUAGUCGGUGAUAAGGUUCAGGAAUUGGCAGACUCAAUGAAGGACAAGACCCAAGAAGCUGCGCACGUCCCUGGGUCGGAGGAGACUUCCGGAGAGUCCAGUGAAGCCGGCAAGAGAGACAAGAAGAGCAAGAAGAGGAAGGCCGAGGAUGCAGAGGGUGUGCAGUCGGACUCGAAGAAGGAGAAGAAAUCCAAGAAAAGCAAGUCCAAGGACGCGGACGAGGACUCGAAAUCAAAACGCAAAGAAAAGAAGGACAAGAAGAGGAGGAAAGAGAAGGAUGCUUCAGACAAGGACGAGGAUUCGAGCCCAGACGACGCCGAUGAGGACGCCUCAGACCGCAAGAAGGCCAAGAAAGAGAAGAAGGAGAAGCGCAGGAAAGCGAAUCUCGAAAACGACGGCGAGGAUGCAGCGGGCGCAUCAGAUCCAAAGUCAAAGAAGAGCAAGAAGAAGAGCAAAGCGGAGAAGGAGGAUUCCACUCCGCAGCCCACAGAAACGUCAACACCAACCGCCAGCGGAACCUCAACACCCUCUAUUCCUACGCGACACCUAGCCAGAUCCAGAUUCAUCGCCCAGAAGCGCGCAGCCGUGAUGGACCAAGCGGCCCUGAACCAGAUAUUCAUGAUCAAGACCUGA